AUGUCUUAAAGCAGUAAAUAUAUUUCCGUAAAUGACAAUGGGUGGAUUAAAUGGUAUUGCAAUUUAGAAGACCAUCACUUUUUUUGUGAGAUUGAUGAAUUUUUUAUAGCAGACUAAUUUAAUCUUUAUGGAUUGAAAUAGUUGUUUGAUCAUUUUGAAGAAGCAUUAUAAAUGAUUUUAUCUCCAAAUACUCCAACAGAUGAAGAUUUAGAGGAUGAUUAAUUUUUGGAACUCUAUAAUGAAGCAUCAGAAUUAUAUGGUUUAUUGCAUGCUAGAUUUAUUAUUACUCCCUAGGGAUUAACAUUAAUGAAAUCCAAAUAUUUAUAAGGCAGAUUCGGAGUGUGUCCUAGAGUCUUGUGCGAGAGAUAGAAUGUGUUGCCAAUAGGUUUAAGUCACGACCUAAGAACUUCUCGAGUUAAGAUAUUCUGUCCAAGAUGUUAGGAUGUUUAUUCUCCUAAAAAGUAAAUGAGUGAUGUGGACGGUUCAUUUUUUGGUUCUGUGUUUCCUCACAUAUUUUUAUCUGUAUUUUCAGAAUUAAAUCCUACUUAACCAGCAAAUGAAUACGUAUCCAAAAUAUUUGGGUUUAAAGUUCAUAAAAAAAAAGGUUCAAAAUUUCAAAUUCAAUAAAAUUAAACUGAGAUGUAUUAUUAUGCUGAGGAUCAUAUUAAAAGACUCUCGCAAAUAUAGGGUUCAUAAUAAUAAUAAUCUUAAUAAUAAUAAUAAUAAUAAUAAUAAUCUCAGAAAAAUGAUGAGGAAGCAGAAAAAAAAUAAAAAGAGGCAUUAAAUGCCAUAUAAAAGUUAUAGAAAUAAAAGUAAAAAAAAUGAUUUUGGUAUAAUUAAUUAUUUUCAUUGUC